AUGGCGACGCGCGACGCGAAGUGUCGAUUCGAACCGAUCGACGCUUACCGUCGCCCGCUCGGCGCGCGCGACGUCCUGCUCGAGCUCACGCACUGCGGCGUGUGCCACAGCGACGUGCACGCCGCCGCCGGGCACCUGCGGCGCGCGCUCGGCGCGACCGAGUAUCCAGCGGUGCCGGGCCACGAGCUCGCGGGCGAGGUCGUCGCGAUCGGCGACGGCGUCACGCGGUUCGCGAUCGGCGAUCGAAUCGGCGUGGGGUGCGUCGUGGACGCGUGCCUGGCGUGCGAGGCGUGCGGCGCGGGCGACGAGCAUCGGUGCGCGCGGGGGAUGGUCGGGACGUACGGCGACGAGGAUAAGCACGGACGCGCGGGGACGUGGCCGGUGGGAGGGCGCACGAUGGGAGGGUACGCGACGCAUCACGUCGUGGACGAACGGUUCGGGAUUCGAGUGCCGAAGGCGUAUCCGAUGGAAGCCGCGGGACCGGUGAUGUGCGCGGGGGUGACGGUGUACGAUCCGAUGAAGCGAUACGGCGUCGGCGCGGGAAGCGCGGUCGGCGUGGUCGGAUUGGGGGGGUUAGGGGUCAUGGCGGUGAAGAUCGCGCGCGCGAUGGGCGCGUCGGAGGUGGUGGUCUUCAGUCGAAGCGAGACGAAGAGGAGUUUGGCGCGUCGAUGCGGGGCGACGGCGUUCGCGAGCUCGGAGGACGCGGACGCGAUGCGUCGCGCGCGAGGGACGCUGGAUUUAAUUUUGAACACCGUGCCCGUGGCGCACGAUUACCUGCGAUUUCAAAAGUUGCUCAAAAAACGCGAACGCGGACGCCCGCGCGCGAAACAAGUCGUGCUCGGUUUACACGCGGGACUCGUCUCGGGCAUGGUGGCGCGCGGCGUGCGAGGCGAAAACAGCCCGAUCGUCGCCUCGGCGAUCGGCGGUAUUCGCGCGACGCAGGAGGUGAUGGAUCUGUGCGCCGCGCACGGCAUCGUCCCCGAGUUGGAAAUUUUACCCGUGUCGCGUCUGACGGAGAUUUACGAGGCGCUCGACUCUGGAAACGACUCCGGCGUGCGUUACGUCUUAGACAUCGCCGCCUUCGCCGCCGACGUCCGCGCCGGGCGCGUCGACGCCCUUCGCACGUCCGGUCCUCCCAGACUCGUUCUCGACGACCGCAACGCGUUCGGGCCGCGCGGCGUCGUCCGCGAUCUCGCGCGCGUCUUCUGCGGCUGCCACGUCUGUUAG